AUGGCACAAGACAGCUCUGCACAGCUGCAGAAAUUUUUGGACGAAAAUCAAUACACGAAGAAUGGCAUUUUACGAUAUGAGAAAAUCGUUGGUGUUGGAUUUGUGAGCAUGGGUGGUAUUGAUACUACUGAGGUUUCGUGUAAACAUCCUUUAUAAUUAAUACUAUGACCGAAACGAAAUGGUCCCGGUUUGACUUAGUUCCAGUCUCAUGUUAGUCAUGUAAACGGGGCCUGACAUGCUUGCAGUAUGCCAUUAUUGCAUUGGGCUAUUCCAUUUAAUAUCCGUACCCCCCCCCCGCCCUUGUCGAGGAUCCCUGGAAUUCUUCAGGGGUAAAGUGUUUUGAGCUUGGAAUUCUUCAGGGGUAAAGGGUUUUGAGCUUGGAAUUCUUCAGGGGUAAAGGGUUUUGAGCUUGGAAUUCUUCAGGGGUAAAGAGUUUUGAGCUUGGAAUUCUUCAAGGGUAAAGGGUUUUGAGCUUGGAAUUCUUCAGGGGUAAGAAGGUUUGAUUUGAAAUUUUUCAGAGCUUGGAAUUCUUCAGGGGUAAAUGGUUUUGAGCUUGGAAUUCUUCAGGGGUAAAAGGCUUUGAGCUUGGAAUUCUUCAGGGGUAAAGGGUUUUGAGCUUGGAAUUCUUUAGGGGUAAAAGAUUUUGAGCUUGGAAUUCUUCAGGGUAAAGGGUUUUGAGCUUGGAAUUUUGGAAUUCUUCAGGGGUAAAAGGUUUUCAGCUUGGAAUUCUUCAGGGGUACAGACAUUCCAACUCUCCCGAUUUUACCGGGAGUCUCCCGAAAAUUCAUGCAAUCUCCCGGUCUCCCGAUUUUUAUCAAAUUCUCCCGAUUUUUCAGAAUAUUCAGGAAAUAUCAUAAAAAAAUUAUAAAUAUACUGUUUUUAGCAACAUAAUAGUCCAUCUCGGACCUUUUUUGAAGUUACUUUAUAGCAAUUUAUAGGAUCAUUUAUAACAACAUAGUCCCAAAAUGCAGGAAAUGCCAUUUCAGAAGACUUAAUUUUUAUUAUUUUUUCCCAGAAGAACUAGAUUUCAAUUCACUGAACAGUCUCCCUAAAUUUUACCUCCAGUAGUUGGAAUGUCUGGGGGUAUAACCAUAAAAAAAACAUGUAUCCUCAACAUGGGGUGUACGGAUAUUAAAUGGAAUAGCCCAUUUUUAAACCCCACCCUAGGGAUGGGCCGAUAUCGAUACCAAAUACUCGGGAGGGUCUUAAAGAAAAUCUGUGGGAAUUCCACAGGGUAGGUUAUUAUUAAAAAAACAACAUGGAAAGUCCAAGGGAUGGUUAGGCCAGCCGGCCAGGGUCAAACGUCAAACUUUUCAUGUGCCGAACCUAAUGUUAAUGAGCUAAGAUCUUUGUUUCACUUCAUUUGCAUUGGGUUUGGCGCAUGAAAAGUUUGACGUUUGGCCUUUAUAGUCAUGGAAAUUCCAGAGACUAGGUCAAAAACCAUUGGUGGAGUUUCCAAGGGAUGAGUAGAAAUUCAUUAAAAAUCUGUGGAAAUUCCAUGGGGUAGGCUGAAAAUUUGUAAAAAAUCUGUGGAAUUCCAUGGGGUAGGCAGGAAAUUCAUUAACAUCUGUGGAAUUCCAAGGGAGGGGCAGGGACAUUGCUAGGGGGGAUGUAACACCCCCCCCCCAAAAAUAAUUCAACGUUGGUCAAAGUUGGUCAAAACGGAACUGAUAUUUGCAUAAAAUUGAAGGUAAAACUCGGAAAAAUUGGUCAAAGUUUGGGAUAAAAGAUAGUCGAAUUUGGUCAAAGUUAUGAAAUGGUUUGCAAUUCUAAUAAUUUUAAAGCUUUUGUUAUGUUUGCAGUGAAAAAAUUGGAAGCCUUGCUUGUCUUGGCCGAAAAAUUUUGAAUCUGCUUAUGUUAGUCCGGAAUAAUGUUUUGGCCUCCCCUCCCUCGUCGACAACAUUUUCGGGAAAAAUUUGUACAACUUGGUCAAAAUCCUAGGAAGUGUUGAUCAAAACAUGACGACACCCCCCCUCCCCCCCCCAAUGUUGAUGGCUUUGCGACAUCCCUGGGGAGGGGGGUCCAAAAAAUGGAUGUUCCCCAUAGGGGGGUGUGGAUUAAAAAUGCAAUAUUAAGCCAUUGUGUCUCCAGUGUAUCACCAUUAGUAUGUACUAGUAUAUUUUACAAUGGCCUGUGCUGUGACAACAUCCAGAAUGCAGUGUUGUACCACACAUGUAAUAAAACAAUCUUAUAAUUUUAGGAGUUUGUGGCCAGAUUGAAUUUGAAGGAAAAUCAAAAAGUUCUGGACAUUGGGUGUGGUAUUGGAGGUAGUGCAUUUUAUAUGGCCAAGGUAAUAUUGGCAACUUCUGGCUGGAAUCUUGCCCCUUAUCUCACAAUUAAUUCAUCCCAUUUGUAAUCCAGACGGGACUCCCAUCAGUGGUGUAAUGCUCAUUGGGUAGGGAUUGGGCCCCCCAUCAGCCACGGCCAGUAUCACCCAGAAAAUUAGAAAAUGUAAAAUAUGCAGGUUAAUUGAGAAUUAAUGGGAAAUGCGAAUUAAUGGGAAAUGCAAAUUAAUUAUGCUAAAUAAUAAAACCUCCAUCGACAACGGUAGCUGAUUUUGUUACUCCAUCUGAAAUAAAACAAAAUUUAUUCUUAUUGUGUUGGAAAUUGUUAUUGUUAUAGACACGGAAUUUUCCAGAACAUUUUAUAAAUAUUAUAUCAAUAUAAAUAUAAUAUCUCAGUCAAACAGGGACCCCAAAACCAAAUAAUGCCUAAGGGCCCCUUCUUCCUCUGUUACGCCACAGUGACUCCCAUCUCUGAAUUAAUGCUAGUAUUUCGAAAUGAAAUGAAUAGUCAGUAUGCUAGUGCCUUGGGCUAUGUCCACACUAAUCUCUUUUCGUAGCAUUUUCGUAUUGAUUCAGGUAAAUAGACCAUAUUAUUCUCUAUUCCCUUGUGAACGGAAAACAGUACGAAAACGCUACAAAAAUGGAUUAAGUAUGAAUGUAUAACAUACCUUAAUUAAUGAAACUAUUAUUGUCUUAUAAAGAAAUUUGGUGCGAAUGUGUUGGGGAUUGACCUGUCAAACAACAUGAUGAAUAUUGCGUUGGAGAGAGCUGCCAGUGAAGCUGAUAUAAAAGACAAGGUUAUAGUUGCCGCAUUUCAUAUGGUUGAUCAAUCCUGCUCUGGACUUCUGUCUGUCCACAAGUGUUUGACCAGGUCUGCCCCCCCCCCCCUUAAUUAGCCCCAAAUUAUGUUUCUCUUGGAAUUAUUUUGAAAUCAGAUCUUUAAUCUUUGUCUUCUAAAAACGUAAUUCUUAGCAGUCAAAAGAACAUGUAACACUGCACUCAAAAUUGAAGACGAAACAGCUUGGUAAUGGCCUAACACUAACAUAAUUGCCGAACUUAUUCUUAAAAUCAGCCUUACAUACUAAAUAUUUCAACUACAUAUAGGAAAUUGUAGCUUCUAUUGCUUCUGAAUGUAUGUGCAGGCCGGGAUGUGCAGUGACUGUUGAACGAAUAUGCUAUAGCAAAAUUUAAGCUUGUACAAUUGUAGUAAUUAUAUAUGUACAGUUGUAGUAAAAUUUAAGCUUGUACAGUUGCAGAUAAUAUUACCACAUGACCACAAUGGAAGUGAGCUUUGUUAGACAUGCGUUAUAAAUUAUAUAUGUUUUGUAUUUAAGGUUGAGUUGAAAGUCAUGGAUGCAUUAACAGCCCCAUUUGAGCCAGCCUCGUUUGAUGUAAUUUAUUCCAGAGACACUAUCCUGUAUAUUGAACAGAAGAAGGAACUGUUUAAAUUGUGUCUGGUUGGUUAAACUUUGCAUUAUUCUUGACAAAAGUUAUCAAUUCUGACAUGUACUUUUCCCUGUUGACAAUUAAUGGUAAUACAGUAUGUACAUGUACGUUAGUACAUACCUAUUGUGUUAAUCUUUUUAUCAUGCAAGAGUAGAAUUUGGUAAAUGGUUUUUAACAUUUCAGAAAUUAAUAAACAUCUGCUGCCCUUAGUGAUGCUUACUAAAGCCCGACAAUUAAAAUACUCCAAUUUCAUUAUCGCUAUCGAGUUUGUGUCAGUCUACAGUAUAAUAUUUGGGUUUUUUUCUCUUGACUAUAGAAAUGGUUAAAACCAGGUGGCCAGUUUCUCAUCUCAGAUUACUGCUGUGGUACAAAUAUAGACAAUGAAGAAUUCGAGAAUUAUGUAAAACAAAGAAAUUACUUCUUGUUAGACCCUGCUUCUUAUGGAAAGGUUUGUCUUUGAACUCUUCAACCAUAUUCUUAGGUUCAAUCACACAGAUGUGUGAAGUACCUAAAUUAUGGGCGAUGCCAAUACACUGACUAACAAUACCAACUAGCGCUUGUAGCUAAAAAGAGAACAACAUUCUGUUCUUGUUUAAAAUAUGUAAAUGUGAAGUUCUCAAAUGUAUUUAGAGUGAAGACUGAAGUUACGGAAUACAGCCAGGGUAAAAAUAAAAGUUUCGCAAUUUUUCGUAAAAGGGAACAAAUAAAAGUUUCGUUAAAGGUCCAGACACACCCGGACACCCGGACGCGAUUCGACAACGCGACGCGAUUUUUUAGUUUUUGAAAGUUAAUGAAACAGUCAAUGAGAGCAAAUUUUAAAAGAUAUGUAGACCAAAUAACUCAAAAUGUUAUAGCUGUUAUAAUGUUUUGGUUUUGCGGAAAUGUAGAGCAUGAUUGUUGCUUCUUAAUUGAUACGUUUGAUUCCUACGGAUUGUGAAAAUUAACUCCUCGGCCCAGAGGUGAUGAUGCAAUUGAAGUACCUUUCAUUAUUUUUAUCAUUUCUAUAAGAAAAGCAUCCUUGACUGACCUUUGACUUCCCCCCCCCGCCCCAUCGAAACACGACAAUUGAAAGGAAAUUGAAACAUGCUGUAUAAGCAUUUUCUUUUAUGGUCCUUUUAUGUCAAUGUCAUUAGUUUUGCUCUAGUGGCCAGGAGAAAGGAAACUCAAUAUGCUUCAAUACCGUGGGGUUGAAGUGAUUUUGAACAAAAACUUUUUUAGCUUCUUGAAAAAGUUGGUUUUGUUGGGGUGGAUGCUCAAGACAGAACAGAACAGUGUAUAAGUUUGAUGUCAAAAGCGAAAGCACGCACAGAACAGAAUAAAGAUAAUUUACUAAAGGUAUAACACCAGUAACAGUUUGUCAGCAAAAGUUGGGUGUGGUUCCCCCCCCCCCCAAGCACGUAGCCUUUGCUACACCCCUGGCUCACAAUGUAUAAUGCUUACUUGAAAUCUCAAAACCAUAAUUUGUUCUCAAAGCAGUGCCGUAGCAAGCUCGAUAAUUGGGGGGCAUACUCAUUUAUUCAUGUUCACAGACCAUAAAAACAAUCGAUUUCAAAAGAAAUUAAUAACGCAGAAUAUGAAUAUAUGAAUAUGAGCCCCCCCCCAAUUAUCGAGUUCGCUACGGCACUGCAAAGGCAUAUUGUCAUUGUACAUUGAUCACAUUUUUCUAAUUUUAGCAUUUUACUCAAGAAGAUUACGACGCCUUGAUAUUGGAAUGGGGGGGAUGUAUAAAACGUUGCUCAGUUGGCUAUCUAAAAUGGGGCUUGUUCUACGCCAAGAAAGCAACUUAA